CUCGUAUGCGAUCGUGUCAAGCGCUAUCGGGUGUCAGACCAUGCAGUCGGUUUCCUUACUCGUAUUUUCUCUCUCUUUCUAUAUACAUAUUUAUUCGUGCGAGUGUAUACAUAGAUAUGAUUAUCCUCGAAUUAUCUCUAAACGUAAUUCUUCAUUUCGUAAAACAUCAUUAUAGAUGUGUUCUCGUUGAGAACACAUGCUUCUCACAAAAGAUCGUGAUUUUUUUAUUUCGAAUAAUGCUCUAACUUCAUUGAUGGCCACUAGAUGGCAUUCCGGACCGUGUACUUAUUCAUGCUACUUUCUGCGAGUUUCACGCGAUGCGCAUUCUAGUAAGUUUAUGAUAUGGAUCAUUCGAGGCCGGAUUGACAGGACCCUGAAAAUGUCUUUUCGCUGCAACGCGAAUAAUCGAGUGUUCGUGAUUCCCAAAAAGCUUGAGUGACAGCAAAAGUUGGGACCUUCAGAAACAAUGGUGAAUAGGAACGAGAUUUAUUGGUGCAAUCGUAGAUACAAACGGCGUGGCCUCUUUUUUUAUUUAUAUUUGUCGAAUAAUAAUGAAUUCAUAACUACAAUAUGAAUCGUUGAAAGAAAUCGAUGGUCGAUAUUAAAGGAAGGUUCGCACUUUUGACAUCGAUGAAAAACUUCUGGAUUAAAAUAUUUCGAAUUCCUUUCGAAGGCUGAUAUUGUUUUGACUUUUUUCGUAACAUAAAUGGAAUAACUAUACGAAAAUUAAUCGAUGUGUAGUGAAACAAUGAUUUUAGGGGUUAGGAACCUGUCGCUCUGACUCGGAAUGACUCGUACGUCGAUAGACUGCAGAGAUGGCGCGCGGGCCUCGCGAGGAAAACGCCAGUCGACUUUUCUUGACGUUUCCUUCGAUGCCCGUUCGUUCUCAACUGUUUAGUUUGUCAGUCGCUACUCGGCAGCGCCAUGUGAUUUGGUUAUUUCGAACCGAUUGCGAAUGUCCCAAAACCAAAUGAUUUCUCACAUAUUUUUAUGAAUAUAUUUAUACAUAGGAAAAAUUUGCCUCUACUUUUGAUAUAUUUAGUAGUUUCGUCUCGAACCAGAACAUCGAUCUUAAUCGACGAUGACUUUUUCUUGCGGUGCAUUAUGCUCGAGGACGUUGUACACGUACACCCAGGGAGGAAUGGCUCGCAAUACCGGGCCGGGACUCUACGAGUUCCUCAUGGAGGCCGAGCUUCAGCAAUAUUAUCCUGGCAUACGCAGAGACUUGAAGGUGCAGAACACAGCCCAACUGAAGUACGUUACCGAGGAGGAUUUGAACGCAAUAGGAAUGAGCAAGCCGGAAAUGAGACGUUUAAAAAAGUAUUUCCAGAAGCAUUUUCCGCAGAAUUAUCUGUCGAAAUUCAAGAAGAUGCUUUUACCAAAGCGAGAAGAACAGCCGGUUGGAGGAUUGGGAAUGUUGCCCGAGGAGAAGCAGGAAAAGCCACCGAUAAAAGUGCCGAACAAGCACAUGAUACCAGCGGAUGCGAUAAUCGUGAACAAAGAAUUGGGAACCGGUGAAUUUGGAGUGGUCCAACAGGGCGUAUGGACGAACGAUGGAGAACGAAUACAAGUGGCAAUAAAAUGUUUAUCACGCGAGCGAAUGCAAAACAAUCCAAUAGAAUUUUUCAAGGAAGCUGCAAUAAUGCACGCGAUAGAUCACGAGCACAUAGUUCGUUUGUACGGAGUAGUAUUGGAUACGAAUUCUUUGAUGCUCGUGACGGAAUUAGCGCCCCUGCGCUCGCUCCUCGAGUGCUUAAAAGAGCCAAGUUUGCGAGCGAGUUUUCCAGUUUUAUCGCUAUGCGAUUUUUCCGUACAGAUAGCAGAUGGUAUGCAAUAUCUCGAAGCAAAAAGAUUGAUCCAUCGUGACCUCGCAGCUCGAAAUAUUUUAGUAUUUUCGAAAAACAAAGUGAAGAUAUCAGAUUUCGGUUUAUCACGAGCGCUAGGCGUCGGCAAAGAUUAUUAUCAGACGAAUUUUAAUGUGAAUUUGAAAUUGCCAAUUGCUUGGUGCGCACCCGAGUGUAUAUCCUAUCUCAAGUUCACAUCCGCCUCGGAUGUGUGGGCUUACGGUGUGACGUUGUGGGAAAUGUUCAGUUAUGGUUUUCAACCGUGGGCUGCAUUGACCGGGCAUCAAAUACUGGAAGCCAUAGACGAGCCUAAUUUUCAACGUCUCGAACAACCUGAUUGUUGCCCCAAGGAUUAUUUCACCCUUAUGCAACAGUGCUGGCAACACGAGCCUGGUAAAAGGCCUAAAUUCACUGAGCUUAUAAAUUUACUGCCCGAGUUGAAGCCUGAACAAGUUCAGGCCGUCCAGGACAGCUCCGAGUUGGGACAACUGUCCUAUCGUCAAGGUGACGUUAUAACUGUACUGGAUAAAGGCAGCAGUAAUGUACUCUGGAAAGGUGUUUUGAACAACGGCAAAACCGGAUUCUUCAAUCCAGCCCACACGAUAGCUUAUUUAGGAUCUAAUUUACCGAGCAACAAACCCGGCGAAUUUUCACGAGGCGAUGGCAAAAAUGUAUUUUCCUCACAGAGACGGAAGAUUCGUACCGAUAUGAUCUCCUCACCUCAAGGCGAUUUCAAACACACCGGUCACGUUGGUCUCGACGGAGCUUAUUUCGGUGACAUAAGCUUUCUCGGUGGUAAAUAUCCCCGUUUACCGAGACAGAUAGUCACACCGUACAAACCCCAUGAGGACGUUACGGAUAAUUCUAGUCAGGUUCUGAGUCAAGAUGGUAGACCCGUCGAUAUCGUCAACGAAUCGAUAAGGGAUAGCAGAAAUAUGCAACACUUGCAACACGAUCCUUCGAGCAAACAUGAGGGUCUGUGGUCAGACACGAGCUCGGAAAUAUCACACCUCGGUAAUGUUGGUAAUGCGAGCAAGCAAUCCAUGGGAUCGAGCAUAACAGAAAGUAUGGAUAACGUUGGAGCCGAUCACGAGUAUCACGAGAUCAGCGACGAGGAGAAUCAGGACAGCCCACUCAGAUUCGACAAAUCGUUGAAUUUCGACUUUGGCCCGAGUCUCCUUGACGAAAUGGACCAAAUGUUCAGAUCUUUAGGCACUUCGCCACCUCCGCCGCCGCCUGGCCAUCCAGUGUCGACGGAGCACGAAUCAAGCAACGCUCGAAACGAACUCCGAGAAAUACAGGCAAAACAAUGCGGCAAAAAAAAGCAAGCGACCGUGAGUCCGAAAAACGUGAAGCCCAUCUCGGCAGCAGAUCAGAAAACUCUCUACUCGGCUAUUGCCAUGGCGCAGGAAUUGACAGCUCGUUCCAUGACCGAUCUUGAGCAUCCACCGGAGUCUCCUCGCACACCUGCGAGUCCUUCCAGGCGCAGAAAGUUCUCUUUUAAGUUGCCACAUCAACACAGUCCAAAACCUGACAGACGACACUUUUCAGAGGAAGCAGCCAGUAUACCUGACAUCCAGGCAACGUUGUCGGAGGAAGCGAAGGAAGUUUACAACAGUCUUGUCGAAACGCCAACGAUCGAGAACUCCACAGAAACGAAUCCGUUGAGAAUGUUGAGGUCUGGCUUACCAAUGGUACGACCAAGAGUACGUGGAAACAAACAUGCGACGAGCCUUGGACAUGGAAUCUCACAGAAUGACGACCUGGGCGGAACGAGCAGCGAAUCAUCCAACUUUGCGUUCGACCUUCAUCACAGCGGAGCGAAAACGUUACCGAAAAUACGCGCUCCACCGCCUCCAAACGCACCCCCGCCCAUUCCUAUAAAUCGCAAUCUCGAAAGACACAAUUCUGCUCUUGGCAUAGAAAAUAAUCAGAAUCAGAACAACGUCGAUGAUAAUCCUAUCCCGUUGCCACCCAGAGACCGAUCCAAAACUCUACAACCCAAAUCAAGCUUGCCCAGACAUCAGCGCAAACACCCCUUAAUUAUUCCUGGCGGUGGGGUUACUCGUACCUUAGCCAAAAUGGCAGUUACCACUCCACCCCUCGAGGAUCAAGUGGACGGUAAUCAACCCAAUUUUCAUAUCCAUGAUCCUGCCUCCAGUUCCAAUACCCACAAAACUGAUAACAACGGCGAUCAGGCUGCUUCACCCGAAAUUGCUGCCAAUAGUCCAGAAGAAUUCGAGCAGAGGAUUGACUCGGAAUUAGAAGCACUGGAUUCGUUACCGAUCGAGAACAACCGCUUGCACCGUUGCAGCGUAAUAUCGGAAGAUCUACUCGAGUUCUCGGACAAUCUGAUCGAGUGUAGUAGUCCCGAACCAACGGAAACAUCGCAAGAGUUGAGUAGCACAAAAAACAGCUGUUCGAAUUCUCCAGUUUCGUCGACACACCACGCUCGAAAAAUCAGCGUAGAAUCGCGAAAUUCAGGAAAAAUAUCGAGCACGAAAAGUCUUCAAGGAAGUUCGGAAACGAGCGACGGUAGUAGAAAUUCGACACCGACAUUCAACCGUGACGAGUUGUCCAACUCGUCAGUGAUAGGACGAGGAAAUUCAACGCGUGGAAAUUCGGCGGUUCAAGAGCGAGUAGGAAACUCGGGAUUGACGGAACAAUCAAAAAUGGAGAAUCACGGUUCCAGCGCAACAAGCACUCAAAUGGAAAAUAGCAAUAUAGAAAAAAUAGAAGAGUCCAAUACAAGUUCCGUUUCGAAUCGUCGAACGUGUAAUCGCAACACGAGCGAUUUAUCCAGACAAUCCGAUCACGUAUCGUGUGAAGAUCUUUUAGAAUUUGCCUGUGAUGGACCGAACGUAAGACGAACGAGAGGUCCGAGAAACGGCGAACAAUCGGAUGAAGUGAGAAUUAUGCUGAAAGUUUUGCAUGAACAGUCGACUCCGGAAUCAUGCGUUGCUGCGCUCAACGUAACGGAUUGGGAUGUCCUCGCAGCUAUAAAACUCGAACGUUUGCAAGGACUCUUGAAAAAGGAGAACAAUUUCGUCGGACUUGAAGAUUGUAAAGUCAUGCUCGGCCAGUGCGGCGGUGACGUCGUCAAAGCCGCCGCUCUCCUGAGAAACAACGACGACACCGCCGCCGUCUAACGGGCACGAGAUUUUUUUUUCGUCCUCGCACGUCACGACGCCAGCUGUUGCCGAUGAUAUUAAAAAAUCUUCCCCCUCCCUCGUGUAUAGUUAUCAUCAGGAUUUAAUAUAUGCGGCCCCGCUUCCGGUUCGUCUUCGCUAAUUUCCGUUAGCGCGGCUCGAACUUUUUUAUAUUCCAUUGCGCGAGAACAAUUUAUCCAGCGUGAUGAUGAAUGAAAAAAGUUUUUGUACUCGUAGAAAUACGCUGGAAAAAGUACGGCCAUUUAUUAAACUUUCAUUCGUUCGGUAUAUUAUCGAUAUUCGAAGUUUUCAUAGUUCCAAUGCAACGAAAUACUUUCUCUUCUUUGCUCAAAAAUUUUUCGCACACGACUCGAGAUUGUCGAGAAACUCGAUAUGUAUACUUUCCGAGAUUUUUGCCCACGAAAAUCCAUGAACUAGACUAUCAGAAUAAAUUUUCAAUACUAUUUCUCAGCCUAUCUCGUUGUAAUGUAAAAAUGCCGACUUUUUCCAAAAUCAUCGAAUGUUUUAUCAAUUCGAGAAGUUGAAAAAAAAUAAUCGCUCGUAGCACGUACAGGGCGAUUUAAACUCUUCUUUUUAAAACCACUAUUUUCCCCCUGGGACUUUGGUGAGGUUUCAAGGAAAAGCGGAAUUUAGAUUCCGCCACUAAUUAGAAGAUAGCCGUACUUUUUUGACAGAAAAAGAUUUAUUUAUUGUUAGAAAAGUGAUGAAAGAGAGAUGAAAUAAAGCGGAAUGAAUUGUGUUUUUCCAACGAUGUGCAUAAUUCGAAUGAGAAACAUAGAAAACGAGUAAGAGAUCAUGCGAAAUGACGAAUGAAACAACUACUGCAAUUAUUGUAAAAAUUUUACACUUCAUUGGAUUGUUUUUCAAAUAAUCAUCCUCUCGUAGUAAUUAUGCGUUAAUAUAUAAAGGCAUAAAUAUGUAUUUUUCUCGUAUUAUUUCAUAUUUCGAAUGAGAAUAAUGAAUAAUUCGAAAGAUGCCCAUAUUUGGUCCUGGCUCUCUCUGCAGGAAUUUGCUGAGAAUAUUAAUAAAUUAAUGAAAAAUUUAUUAAAUUAUUUGGAUCGUCUGAAUAGACAAGAAAUGUCUUUUUUUUUUCGUUUUUUUCUUAGCUCUCGUAAUUAGAUAAUGUGAUAGAACUUACGAUAAUUAAUCAAAUCUUUUCCAUUUGAAAUAUGAGAUAGGAGUUUGGUUUUUCCAAAAUAAUACAGCGAGGUAGUUAUUUAUUGGGGCCUAUUUAAAAAAAAAAACUAUAUUUGCUGUUCAAAAUGACAAUUGCUAAUUUCUGAAACACAUGUAGAAAUAUUUCCAUAUUUUGUAAUCAUCGCUGUCACAUCACCACUGAUCUUCCAUGCUCCCUCGGCUUUGGUUGUCGAGUUUUCUGCAUGACGAUAAAAUGUAAAGAAUUUAAUGAGCGUAUGAAUUAUUCAUAUUCUCAUAAACUUGGAUGUAAGAGCAACGAUUAGUCGAACUCUUUUAUAAAAUAUAGAAAUAAAUGUUUGGAUCCAUGGCGCUUUUCUCGAAGAUCACAAAAUCGAAGCAUAUUUUUUGGUAAUACAUUGUUGAUGAUUUUCGGGAAAUGAGAAAAAUCACAAUUCUUUAACUGGGCGUGAGAUAACAUUGAGAUUAGUAAUUGAGCUAUUUGUUAACAAAAUUUUGUUAAAAAAACAGCUGCUUCGAGUUCUCCAUAAAUAGUAUUGUCCAUCAAUUAAGCGCAAACAUAGAAACAAUAAUAUGAUCGAGCAGUUUUUAUAAUUAAAUCUCGAUCACUCUAUUUGUAUGAAUUAUCAGUCGGAAUGAAUAUAAUUUCUCUCCAACCCAGGGGUCUUUACGAUCUUCUCAGUUGUGGGCAUUUUUUAAACAAACUGGACAGUUUUUUGGAAUUUUAUAUUAUCACUCACAAUAAUAUCCCCCAAUGAAUUUGAAAUUUCUCACAAACUCCGUUCUACCACAAAAUAAAUCAGGGAGAUCAGUGUAUCGGUAAAAUCUUCCUAUUUGCCCAGCUUCCCAUCGAAUAACGCAGUUUCAUUGCGAGCUUUGUCGGUUCAAUAAUAAUACACAAAACUGUAAUCAUAUUUUUUCAUUUACGUUAAUUUUUUUAGGGCAAUCGAUUUGAACAUUUUUGUGAAUAGUUUAAAGUCCAAUUUUUAGGUUAAAACAGCCAAAAUUGAAAAACAAUUGCAUCUUAUUUUUCCUCUAUUUUUCAUGGAACACUAUUGUCCGAUAGUCAGUAAUUUUUCAAUUUUCACUGCAACUCAAUAAUUUGUCAAAUGCUUUUGACAUAUCCCAUCAAUGAAGCGUAGGCUAAAAAAACAAUCGGAGAAUGAAAGAAUAUUUUUCAUGGAGACUCAUUUGCGUAACCGAAAACAAAAGAAAAAGAUUUUUAAAACGCAACAUUGGGAAGGAACUAGAGAAGAUCAAGAAAGUGGAGUUUAUACAUUUUUUCUCGAAGGCUGACACUGCAAUGUUUCUAAAUUACAAAAUGUACACUGAAUUGUUGCACAAAACGACAUGGAAAACGCACAAAAUGGAGGCAACAUUUGCGAUAUGUUGAAACGUGUCAUCAAGAGUUGAAUAGAGCAAAAAAUGGCGGCCGAAAAAAGGGAUCGUAUACUGAACAAGAUAAAAUCAAAUGUACGAUUAACCUUGCAUUUGAAAAAGCCGCGAUAACGAGAAUUACAAUUUUUGACGUUUUGUCGAAGUAGAAAUCUGUAAUGGAACAAAAAAAUUUCUUUGAAUACCAAAGCGCAGUAAAUAUAGUAUGUCGUCUUCACGCUGAAUGAAGAAUGAUAACAAAUAUCGCAUCGACACAGCUGUCCGGUAGCUCAUGACAAUACAGAAAAAAUACUUUUUUUUUCACAAUCUGGCAUUUUUUCAAUAAUAUACCGCGAAACACGCUUCGAGUAUGGAAGAAUUUCUUUUUGUUAAGCUGGUGUACAUACAUAGAUAUUUUUCGAAUAGUAUUAAAAAUAACAAAGAAAAGCACCAUUUCUGAUAGCUGCUCGUUUAUUCCGAAAUGCUUCAAAAAAUUAAACAGGUCGAAACAAGAGCAAAAGCACAAAUCAAAGACUUCGUUGUCCUUCCUAGAGGAGGUGACCGCGCGUUCCCCGAAACACGAAAACGUCUUAAAGUGUUUGCAAAACAACAAAGAAGCAUUUUAAUUUCUUCGAAAAAAUAUCCGACGUUCCCGUAUUAUCGCGAAUUCUGCGAAUGCUCGGUCAAUCGAACGAAUUAAAAAAACAAAAACAUAAAAACGUGAUUCAAGAAUAAAUUCGAUGCGAUACCGUUUGCGUCUGAAUAUAACACUGGAAGAAAUAAUUAUAAUUGCUCAUUCUUGUUUCUAGUAAAUUAUUCAAUGAAUUAUAAUGGAGAAGUGUAAGAAAAAAGGAAUCAAGCGAAAUCGCGUAUUGUUAAAAGCAAUAAAUCUAUUUCGCGCUUUCUUCCUAGUAAAUACUUACGAGCGUGUCCGUAGCUUAUAAACCCCGCGAUUGUUUUUUUUUUCUCUUGUUCGAAAGCCAAUGUACUUACGUCUCGCUUGUUUUGUUUCCAUCUCUCCCCCCUUCCCCCCUCUCUCUAUGCGUUUGAGAAAGCACUAACGCAUGAUUAUCCAUCGUGUCAAAAGUUCCAUGAAUCGAAUACGUGUAUAUAUGGGCGAUUUCAAUAAAAAUCGACCAAUAUUUGCACGUAAGGUGGUAGGAACGUGCUUUUGUUCCCACCUUCAUUCUUUCGUAUUCGCAAUUAGAUUUUUUCAAAGCUCGUGUCUUUUUGUUAUUUAUUAUAAUCGCUCGUCGUUGAUGAUAUGAAAAAAAAACUAACGAAAAUCUAUCAAUACUUUUGUAACUCCAAUGGCUUUCUUUAAACCUUCUUUCUUGCUAAUAUUGUGAGAAUCCGUUGAUUUAUCGAAGUGGCGACAAUGCUUGGAACGCCCCAUGUAAAUAAACACGUACGCAUGGAAACAUACUUGCUACAUAUUGGAGAGAAUUAAUUCUCACUUUCCCAAUGACACCUCGUCUUCUUCAUUCGACAAAUGCAUCGGCCGCGAAUCCAAAUAAUGAGAAUAUCGCGUCUAAUAACUCCAAUUUCUCUUUGAAUGAACGAGAAAGUGCAAAGAUUCGGAUGGAUUAAAUUUUUCGCGUUCAAGCCGGUAACGAUAGACUCAUGGCUUAAUAUUUUAGUUUUUUAUUUCUCGUUUUUCAAUGCAAGGAAAAUGCCAGAUAAUGUACUGUAGUAAUUGCCCCCUUUUUUGUUAUUACGUAGGUGGUUGCGUGAGCGCGAGGCUAUAAUAUAAAACACUUACCUGCAAUCCCAAUGACAAAAAAAAAUUUCCGCCCCACUUCAUCCCACUUUUGAUACAUGACUAUCGAGCGUAUGGUUAAAUAUACAAAUAUAUAUAUAUAUAAACGACAGAAGUAAUGGAGUAUAACAUAUUUAUACGUCACUAUAUUAUUAUACGAUGAUGAACUUCUGGAGAUGUUUUAUAAACAAUGUAUUUACGAUAAUAUAUACACGAACAUGAAACUUUGAA